AUGUUUGCCUUUUGCAUUGCACGAAUCACGACCACGAUCUUGCGCAUUGUAUGGGCAGUAUAUCCGACCGAUGCAUCUAUCAGAAUUGCAGCAACGAUUUUUGUCGCACUGGGCGUCCUCGUCCUCUUCCUGAUCAACCUCAUCUUUGCCCAAAGGGUCAUCCGGGCUACGCAUCCACACUUCGGCUGGCACAAAUCUUUCUAUGUUGCGUUCAAGGUGUUGCACGCUCUGAUCAUCGCCAUGAUACCCGUGGUCGUCACGGGUACGGUACAGUCCUUCUACACGCUCAACGUCAACACACACCGCAUCGAUCGAGACCUCCAAAUGACCGGCACGGCAUAUUUCUUGCUCAUCUCAUUUCUGCCCAUGCCUAUGGUCAUCUUGGCUCUUGUCAUACCUCGAAAAACCCGGCUUGAGAAAUUCGGAAGCGGCAGGUGGCGGACCAAGAUCGCAAUAUUGCUCACCUCGUCGGCCCUCCUCUGUCUUGGAGCAGCCUUCCGAGCGGCGACAACCUACGAAAAUCCCCGACUGCUAGAUGAUCCAGCCUGGUACGACGCCAAAUGGUGCUUCUAUUUCUUCAAUUUCAUUCUUGAGAUCCUGGUCAUCUAUAUGUAUUUGAUCGUCCGCGUCGACCGCCGCUUCUGGGUUCCAGAUGGAAGCAAAGGUCCAGGAGAUUAUCUAUCGGGGGGAAACAAGGGUCAGGAGAAGCAAGCAGCACCAGAGGACCUGCGGCGAAGUUCAUCUAGGGAAUCUCGAUGUCAGAAUGAUGUGUCGCUCGUGGAGAGGAGUACGAGGAAAGAGUUUGAUUCAGAAGUAUGA